CCGCCAUCGCGCCGCUUGGGGUUCGAGGCUGCGGGAGCCCGUGGGGCGUCACUGCGCAGCAGGUCCUGGCACUGUUGACUUCCCUUGGGCACCUUGUUAUCAUUGGUAUCUCUGCUAGACACAGUUGCAUUUCCGUGGAGGUCUGGUAAGAUGCUGCCUUUGGAGAAGGUGUUGGCUUCCCCCAGGAGCUCCCUACCCCCUCCACAACCACCUACUCUGGGGUCAGAAGAUACAGCCCAGCAGGAAGAGUCCAGGGAGCAAGAGAAACCCAGCCGGGGGGAAAAACUCAUUGAGCACCCGGAACCCAGGCAAGAGGAAGAACCCAGCCAACAGGAGGAACCCAGCCAGCAGGAAGAACCCAGCCAACAGGAGGAACCCAGCCAACAGGAGGAACUCAUUCAGCAGAGGGAACCUAGCCAGCAGGAUGAACACUUAAAGCAAGAUGAAUGCAGCCAGUGGGAUGAAUCCACUAGACAGGAAGAAGCCAUCCAGCAGGAGGAAGCCAUCCAGCAGGAUGAGCCCAUCCAGCAGGAGGAACCCAUCCAGCAAGAGGAAGUCAUUCAGCAGGAAGAAGCCAUCCAGCAGGAUGAGCCCAUCCAGCAGGAGGAACCCAUCCAACAGGAUGAACCCAUCCAGCAAGAGGAAGUCAUUCAGCAGGAGGAAGUCAUCAAGCAGGAGGAAGUCAUCCAGCAGGAGGAGCCUAUUCAACAGGAUAAACCCAUCCAGCAAGAUGAGCCCAUUCAACAGGAGGAACCCAUCCAACAGGAUGAGCCCAUUCAACAGGAGGAACCCAUCCAACAAGAUGAACCCAUCCAACAGGUUGAACCCAUCCAGCAGGAUGAGCCCAUUCAACAAGAUGAACCCGUCCAACGGGAUAAACCCAUCCAACAGGAUGAGCACAUUCAACAGGAGGAACCCAUUCAACAGGUUGAAUCCAUCCAGCAGGAUGAACCCAUUCAACAGGAUGAGCCCAUUCAACAGGAGGAACCCAUUCAACAGGAUGAACACAUUCAACAGGAAGAAUCCAUCCAACAGAAUGAACCUAUCCAGCAGGAUGAACCCAUCCAGCAGGAUGAGCCCAUUCAACAGGAUGAACCCAUCCAGGGGGAUGAACCCAUUCAACAGGAGGAACCCACCCAAUGGGAUGAGCCCAUCCAGCAGGAUGAACCCAUUCAGCAGGAUGAACCCAUUCAGCAGGAGGAACACAUUCAGAAGGAUGAACCCAUCUCACAGGAGGAACCCAUCCAGCAGGAUGAACCCAUUCAACAGGAUGAGCCCAUCCAGCAAGAGGAACCCAUCCAGCAGGAGGAACCCAUCCAGCAGGAGGAAUCCAUUCAACAGGAUGAAUCCAUUCAGCAGGAGGAACACAUUCAGAAGGAUGAACCCAUCCAGCAGGAUGAACCCAUCCAGCAGGAGGAACCCAUCCAACAGGAUGAACCCAUUCAACAGGAUGAGCCCAUCCAGCAAGAGGAACCCAUCCAGCAGGAUGAGCCCAUUGAGCAGGAUGUGCCCAUCCAGCAGGAGGAACCUGUCCAGCAGGAUGAGCCCAUUGAGCAGGAUGAGCCCAUCCAGCAGGAGGAACCCAUCCAGCAGGAUGAGCCCAUUGAGCAGGAUGAGCCCAUCCAGCAGGAGGAACCCAUCCAGCAAGAGGAACCCAUCCAACAGGAGGAAAUCAUUCAGCAGGAGGAAGUCAUUCAGCAGGAAGAAGUCAUUGAACAGUAUGAACCCAUUCAACGGGAAGAACUCAUCCAGAAGGAUGAGCCCAUCCUACAGGUUGAACCCAGCAGGAAGGAUGAACCCAGUCAGGAGGAUAAAACCAGCCAACAGGAAGAGCCUAGCCCACAACCAGAACCAGAGACCAUCCCUGAGAGAUCUCCUGCUGACCUUGAGUUCUCCCGCCUACGCUUCCGGGAAUUUGUCUACCAGGAAGCAGCUGGGCCUCACCAGACUCUGGCUAGGCUCCAUGAGCUCUGCCGCCAGUGGCUGCGGCCUGAGGCCUGCUCCAAGGAGCAGAUUCUGGAGAUGCUGGUUCUGGAGCAGUUCCUGGGUAUCUUGCCAGACAGGGUCCGUCCCUGGGUGGUGGCCCAGUAUCCUGAGAACUGCAAGAAGGCUGCCUCCCUGGUGGAGGGUCUCUCUGACAUCCUGGAGGAGCCAGGGGUGAUGUUGUGUUCCCCGGGUGGGUCAUCACCUUCAUCCAGCGAGGGAGUCUAUGAGCGGUGUGCCAAGCCCCUGCUGCUACCACGAGGGCUGCUGAGUCCCAGCAGAAACCUAAGAUCUAGGGACAUCCUGCUGUACCGUGAUACCUCCCCUCUUCUCCCAGCCUGGCCAACUCUGGAAUCCAUGCUUCUCGAUCAUGGGAGAACAGGGGUGAAGAAUGAAGAGGCCAACUCUGCCACAGCUGAGCAGAAGGGGCCUCUACAGUCAGAAUGGGACCACUUGGAUCCUACAGAAGAUAACCUGACCAGUUACAGCAAGCUGCUCCUGUGGGGGUAUCAGUUUUUCCAAGCUGGCCCAGCCUCCACGAUGGAGACAGAGGAACCUCGUGCAAUGGAAGAACUGCCUGGAGGGAGCCGCCCAGAUGGUGGCACACAGCAGGAAAGCAAAGGGAACGUGUGUGAAGACGUCUCCAUGUGUGAGACACUGACGGAGAGGCUUUCAGGGGAUGUUCCUGUUAGUCCUUUGCUAGAUACUGCCCAGGAAGAGGAACAACAACCUCAGAAGGUUCUGGAUGCUGAGGAAGAGGAUUCAAGCUCCACCAGUCCCCAUAGGCAAUCAGUCAUCAGGCAGUCAGCCCAGGACAAAGAUACCCCACAGCCGGGCACUGGGAAAAAGAGGCCCCAUCCAGACGAUGAAAAUGACGAUGACCUUGGGUGUCCCCCUAGCACAAGCAGCCAACCAACAUUUGAUGUGGGGAAGGAGCUUGGUGCAGAUGGCCAUGACUCUGGGCAGGACCCGGGCACUUCUGCUCUGGGCUGCCCUGCAGCUGAUGUGUAUGAUGCACCCCAAGGGAAGCCCUACACCUGCAGUGAGUGUGGGGAGGCCUUUGAUUGGCUCUCACAUUUUAUGGAGCAUCACAAGAGCCACAGCCACAAGAUGUGCUAUGUGGGCCAGGACUGCUAGGAAACCUCUCAAUUCAGCUUGGCUCUGGUCAAGCACCACAAGAGCCACAAAAAAAGAAAAGCUGUGCCCAGAGCUCUCUGCCACAGCAAGGCUCACUGGUUGGAGGAUCGGCAGCUUAGUGUGUGGGUGGUUUCUUAGUUGGGGUAGAGGUGAGCCGCUCUGCUGUGUCCGGUGAAGUGACCAUUUUGGUUGGGCAUCUCAGUGAUGUGUGCUCCUAAGCUUGUGUGGUGGUGGCUUCCUGUGGUGUCUCUAUGGGCGCAUCUGUGCUUACUUUCUGAAUGCUAACAUGGCUUAAAGCACUUGGAAAUGGGAAGGGUUCACAGAAAGCCCUCAUCUUAUAAACCUACCUUGGGCUGAUGUUCACAGCAUGUAAGCCAUCAGAUGUGAAGGAGACUCACUUCUGCAGUGUUUUAAUUCUCAUAUGCUGAUCAUUUGACAUUGUACAGUGUUGAGUUGCCUUAAAGUAUGUGAUCUGUUGGUGCUUCCUUCAAGUCAUCUUUGCCUCAGUUGCUUUUCCUUGAGCUCCCUGUUUGUUCAAACAGAACGUUCCAUCUGUUUUGGCCUUUUAUAAAUACGUGAUGUCAAAUUUGUUUCUGAAUUUUCCAAAGUGAAAACUGUUUCUUAAUUCAAGUCACACGUCUUUUCAUAUAUGGAUUGGCUUACAAAGAUCACAAAAAUGAAGUUUUAGAGUGGAUUUCAGCCCAUUAGUGAAUGGUGGAAUCAAAUUAGUGGGUGGCCACUGGCAUUGCAAAGCAACGAUGUAGAAUAAAGUAGGUCAGAAUGUAUCAUGUAGUAAAUGCAAGUAUUGUUUUGUGAAACUUUUCAGCUGUGUAUCUAAAUAUGAAAGCUGGAUAUGAUAUAAAAUUAUUUAUUAAGGGAAUGUACCUAAAACAAGUUAAAAAAUACUAACAGAGGUUGAAGAAAUGAUCUGAGCAGAGAGAACCAAACAUCAGUGAUCUUGUGAUUUUUGCAUUUCACCUCAGAUUAUGGCAUUGUUUCUGCUGCCUUAUCAUAAACUUAAUGCUCCGUGUAGAUACAGAAAGGCUGUCUCUUUCCCUCAGUGCUUGAGCAGGUAACUUGUGUCAUCCCCAAAUCACAGGUUUACCGUAAUAAAGCAUUUAUUUCUUCA